CGGGAGCUGUGCGGUGUAUGACUACGCACGCCUGGCAUAUACAGAACUCUCUCAAUUCAGAAGGUUCAGUCUCUGCUGCUCUGUCAACUCCUGAAAGCCGUUGAAAUGCGAACUCGGUUCACCUGCGCCGACUACUCCAUCUCCAAUGCGAUCCAAGCUGCAGAUUUCCCUCGCCUCCCUCUUCCUCACCUCCCGCCCAUUAAUUCCUCCGGAUUCAAAGACCUUCCUCGCUUCGAUCAACUGUCAAUUCCCGGAAUCUACAUUGGAAUCAAUCAAUUACCAAUCGACGAAGCUCUGUCGAAGUUCCUUUCCGAAUGCUUGCCCAACUCCAUUGAAUUUGAUGUUCGUCAUCCAGGGAACGUUCAGCCUUGCUCCGGAGAAGCCGACUCUAGCAAGCUAACGAGUUCCAUUUCUCACCAAAAUGCUGAGGAAGCCCGUAUUCCAAUUGAUGUCAAGCAAGAUACCAAGUAUGAAAUUCUCCAGUUUGAAGUUUCAGAGCUCCAUUCGGUUAUGGUUCCAAUGGAGGACUGGCGGACUCUUCCUGACAUUUCCCUUGUUGAAAAAAAGGAAAUACCCAGUACGGAGACCAUGUUGCAGUAUCCCCUCAGUAUUCACCAAUCCCUUUAUGCAGUUGAUGAAAUCCACUUGGCUACUUUUGAGGAGAAAAUGGUUAAUUAUCUGGAAGACAGUGGCUCUAUCCAGGGGCAAUAUUAUUCUUCUACUACCCAGUUUCCUCUCCUUGAAGUUGAUGGUGCUGGUUUGGGUAUUGUGAGCGACAUGCCUACAAAAAAUGAAUUUCAAAUAUUCAGAACUAUUGAAACCCAGUACUUGAUGGGAGGUGAUAGAAUGAGUGACUCAGAAGGGUUAUUGGGUUCUAUACAAGUUGACUUGUUAGAAUGUUUAGCAGCAAAAGAAAUCGAGACUGAGAUACCUUUUCCAACUCACUCCUUUAAAACAGAUAUUUUAAGUGUCAUAGAACAAAGCGAGAGCUCACACAAUGGAUCAAGUUGGCCAAGAAAUUCAAUAAUCUUUGAGGAACCACAACUCUUUGAUUCAGAUCGUUCUCAUAUUUAUGAAGCCCUAUACGAUGCAAAAUUGCAGAUUGAGGAAGAAAUGCCUCAAGAAGCAAUAAGUGUAAGGAGCUUUGAUGAACUCAUUGUUCGUGAGGAGCUCACUGUGAAAGAUAGCUCUUUCAGGUCAUUGCCUGUGCCGCUAUGUUUGGACCAUCAAAAAUCAAGGUCACUGCAUUCAUAUGUCGAGGAAAUCCUAGUUGGAUUAGGUUUGCUACAAUUUUGCGUGUCUGAUGCUUUAUAUUUAGAUUGGCAUAUUCUCGAAGAAGUGAAUCCCUACUGCAUUGAAGAUUCUCUGUUCCCCAAACUUUUUGGGGAUGCUUACAGCAUUAAUAUGACUUUGGAAUUGGGUGAUUGUGAGAUGCUGGUAUAUGAUUUUAUUCUUUCUGGCGAUUCUCCAAGAGCAUCAAAGAAAGAAGAGAGUAAAGAAACACUGCACAUAAAGUCUAACAGUAUUCCAGAAUAUCAUCUGGCUUUUGGUGAAAAUUCUGUAAGUACGUUGCAGAUUGGAAAUAGAGAGGCAGGUGGAGAAUCAUCCAAAACUGUUACUAAAGAGACUUCUUUGCUUGGUGUUCCCUUCUCCCACUUCAAUGACCUGGAUGUUCUUUCAAACCACCAAAACUUCUCAAGCAGGAAAGAACAUAAAAAGACUAAUCAAUUAUCCAAUUUUGAUGCUGUGGACGAGAAUAAUGCAAAAGAUCAGCAUUUUCUUUCUUCACUGAGUGAAAGUGAGAACAUGGAAAAACAGAGGAGUUGUAUGCUAGUAGAAAAGAACUGUGAUUCUGGAAGUAUAGAAACAUUAGGAAGAGAUGAAGUUUGCUCAAGGAUGCUGCCUCAGUUUGAGCCAUUUGAUAUAUCAGAGAAAGUUCACACAAGUGACUGCUCUCUUUCUGAAAGCAUCAUUGUUGUGAACACAAAAGACUUUGAAAAACAAAUGAUCAUAUCUCGGACAAAAACAUACCAAAAUAUUCUUUCACUGGAGGAAAAAGGAACUCAAGUUAUAGAGCGGGACUUGCACUUUCCAGUUGAUGUCAUAAUCAGUGCUUCCAUUUGCAUUGCAUGGUAUAACUGCAGUAACAUUGCAAAGAAAUCUACUGCAUCAGAAGAGACCUUUUCAUGCUUGUCACUAUGUGUAGAAAAUAUUGCAGCAAGUGUUUUAACUUCGCUAAGCUAUGCUUUUAGCGGCUGCAUUCUGGUAUUUGAGGGAGAGAACAGUUUCCUUGAUGGGAUUAUGGAGUUAUCAGAUCAGUUAUACGCCGUUGCACCUGGUCUGGGAAUUGAUAUACAGAUCUUUCGCUCAAAUUCUCCUGAGAUGACUGAAAAGAUCAUAUUAUCUUGCAUUGAAGCUGAAUCAAGGAAAAGUAGAGGCAUGCUACCUAAAAUGCCCGAGUCAGCGACGCUAGCAGAAUCCUUUCUUACUAUGUUUCCUUCAGUCAAUCCACUUUUAGCUCACGCAAUAUUGUCUUCUGUGAGCACUCUUCUUGAGUUUCUGGAGUGGCCACCCGAGCGUACUGUUAGCGUAGUUCAAAAGUAUGGGGUUUCAUAUGAUAGCAUUUCAUUAUUAAGUGCUUUGAGUAGAUAUGGGGAGCGUGAGGAGUCUAAAUCAGGAAUGACAGAUUGCUCCUCAGUAUCUUCCGUUCUUGGGUCAGAGCCUCUUCAUUUUGGAAGUGACUCUGCUAGGAGAAAAAGGAAGCAUGCAGGGAAUCUACAAGAAGACAGUCACCCCUGCACAUCUGACCCAUACUUAUCAUCAUGGAUCCCAGAGAGGACAGACACGCUUAGUGGGCCUGGGAUGCCUAAUUUAACUUUUGAUGAUGAUUUAUUUUGUCAAGACUUUCCAUUGGAGGUCAAUAUGAUAAAGCGUGACCAAAAUUCUUUUCAAUCCUGUGACUUUCUGAACGCAAGUGAUCUUGAUAUUGGAGAUCAAUUGAACAGAAAUGAUCUUAGUUCCAUUGGUGUAUGUCUCCCUCAAAGACAACCCUUUGAUGGAUCUAUUAGUAACAAAAGCGAUGGACAUGGUUGCAAGGAUUCUAGAAACAAAAACAAGACUUUUAUAGCUGAAGCUAUUGAUAAUAAAAAGAAUUCUACUGCAAAUUGUGUGGACUUUUCAUCACUGCUGCAUGUAGAUCAAGAAUUGACACCAAGAGUCUCUAAAGCUGCAAAAAAACUACACUUUGGUAUAAGUGACCUUCCGAAUUUUCCUACUGCUGCGGAGGUUGAAUCUUCCUCUUCUGAUUGGACUUCUGUAAGCCACAGAGGACAAAGCCCUGGAGAAAGAAGUAAUCACGAUAAAGAAACGGGUUUCAAGAGAAAUAUAAAUCCAUUUGAGAACAACAAUGGGGCCUCAGAAGGAGGUCAAUCUCUGAGGGAAGUGCAUGAAUUGCAUAAUCACUCACUGCAAGGGAGGGGUAAACUGACACCACUAUCAAGUGCAAUAAACUCUUAUUCACUGCCACGAGAAUCAGCCUGGGAUAUUCAAUUUCUCAACAGAAUCAGGCAAAAGAGUACAUCACGCAAACAUUCUGGUCUUCAUAACUUAUGUGCUCCUUGCUAUAAACACAAAGACAAUAGAUCAAAGGGUACACAACGAACUCUAUGCGCACCUUGUUAUGUACACCAAGAGACUACACCAAAGGGUACACAAAAGAGUCCAUCUAUUAUUGAACUCUUCAAGUACCAAGGACAGUGUGCUGCCUCAGAUAGAUCAAUUGAACAAAAGAAACAAAAAUGUGUUAUAUGGCCAUCAUCAACAUCUAAAAUUGAAACGACUUCUGCUUCAGGAAGAUCAUCACGAACACCAGUUGAUAAAAAAGCAAAAAGAAAACUGUCUUUUGCAACAAAUGGAAGUGGAGGGCAAACUAAACUGAUUUGGUGCGACAGUGGUUCUGACACUCCAGGCAGAAGAUUAUAGCAAUCUGGAAGCUAUGGUAUUUUAUCAUACAUGUGUAUGUUCUCAUCAUAGUGAAACACAAUAUAUAUAUUUCAGUUUUUUGCACUUUGGUCAUGGCAGAAGCAACUUCUUGUAUAGAGUAAGACUGAAUGUCAAGAUCAUCAGAGCUAUG